CCCGUUUCCUGUCCUUCCCGCUCCCAUAGAUAAGCAGAAAUAUUGAGUUCUCAAUUACCUCUCGCCGAGUCCCAGCGGAGUUAUCAAGUGCUACGAGCUCCCAUAUCCUCUACCCGGUCUACUUAAACUGUCUCUCCCUUAUUAUCUUCUUACUAAUUCUCCUGAUGACCUCCCUAAGCACAGACCAUUAAUUAAUCUCUUUACUUCCAUCUUUGCAUAAUGAUGUGUAUGACAGCUUCUAUUACCAGAAUCAUUGCUGCGCUCGCUAUCACCAUCCAAGGUUCUGCCAUACCCAGCAAAUCAGGAUGGUGGGAUCAUGAUUGUCAUAUCCCGCCAUCAGCCUCCUGGCCAGCGGCGACAGUUCCAACAGUACGACUUAGUUGCAACAAGGUUUUCUUCACCAGCAUCCUGCCACCUGAAGCAAGCCUCGAGAACAUCACGGCCGUUCCAGAGGGCGGUAGCUAUGGCGAAGGAAAGGCAAAUAUUCCGUAUCCGACUAAUCCAACGAACCUUCCUGUACUAUGUGCCGUAACGAUCAAAGUAAGAAGUUCGCCAUCGAGUGAGGUGUCAGAUGACCCGACCCUAUACCCAAAGCUUCCUGACCUAGUGGUCCGUAUAUUUACAUAGAAAAUUGGUCCGACCUACCAAAAUAAAAAAUUAACACAAUUACUACAAAACGUAUUCGUAUAGAAUCACUUCAACAGCAA